AUGCGCUCCCUAUCCACUGCUCUCUGCAUUUGUUUCUUUAUCUGUCUGUCUUCUGCUGCUACUAUCAAGUAUGACUGGCACGUAAACUGGAUCACUGCCAACCCUGAUACACUGCAACCACGUCCUGUUAUUGCUAUUAAUGGAAAGUGGCCUUCUCCUGCCCUCAGGGGAAAGGUUAACGACACACUCGAACUCGGUCAACCAGGAACUUACUGGUACCACAGCCAUUCCCCGAGCCAAUAUGUCGAUGGUCUUCGUGGUCCCCUCAUAGUUGAUGAUCCCCAUUCUCCCUACGCUGCCACAUGUGAUGCCGAGUUAGUCAUGACUGUCUCUGAUUGGUACCAUGAACAAGGAGCAACACUGCAACAAUACUAUCUCUCACUACCAGGAAACCCAAACGCUCUUGAGCCAAUUCCUGUUUCUGCUCUAAUGAAUGAUCAAGAACAGCCCACCUUUCCCGUCGAAGCGAAUAAGACCUAUUAUCUGAGGAUUAUUAAUAUGUCAGGAUUCGCGCAAUUUUACUUUCAUAUUGAUGGUCAUAAUAUGUCCAUUAUUGAAGCAGAUGGUGUCUAUUCUGCUGCUCAGCCUGUUGAAGAUCUCUACAUUGCAACUGGCCAGCGUUAUGGUGUCCUCCUGAAGACAAAACCAACUGCAGACCGGAACUUCGCAAUUCUGGGGGCAAUGGACCUAACAGGGUUUCCAGGAUCUGCACCCCCGCCACCCCACCCAAAUGUGACAGGAGCACUUGUUUAUAACCGUCAUCUCCCAUUUCCUUCAACACCGUCCGUGGAAAGUUUUACGACGUUCGAUGACUUGUGCCUGGUUCCUUUUGACCAGAUGCCUCUACUCGGACCACCUGAUCAACAAAUUGUUCUCAACUUGAGUACAUUCUCCCAGCUAGUUCCAGGGAACGAGCAAAAUCGUGCGGGAUUUAAUAAUAUCACCUUCAUACCACAGAAGGUCCCAUCUCUAUACACCGCUCUGUCAGGUCAACAGUAUGCUCUGAAUCCUAUUGUAUAUGGGAACCAUUCGAAUCCAUUCGUUCUCAAGCCAGUGGUCCUUAAACAAGGUGAAAUCGUUGAAAUUGUCGUAUACAACUUUGACCCGAAUCAUCCCUCUACCGUGGUCAGGUUCCAAGCAGAUAACCCAGGCGUAUGGUUUUUCCAUUGCCACAUGGAGUGGCAUUUGGUUGCGGGAAUGGAUGUUAUCUUCGUCGAAGAUCCAUUGGCGAUCCAGAAGGUACAAUCUGGUAUUCCAACUUCAAUGAGGGAAAUUUGCGAGAAGCAGAACAUACCACUCAAAGGCAAUGCGGCUGGAAAUUAUCCGGAUUUUUUGAACCUCACUGGAGAGGUCGAUAUAGCUCCUAUGGAAUGCGGGUGUGUUCUUAUCUUCCUACGUCUCCAAGGCCACACUUACUAUGUUGAGAUGAAAUGCUGA